AUGGAGCAUUAUUCCAAUACAAAAUUGAGAGCUUACUUGAAAUAUGAAGAUGGAUUAGCAGUUUUGGGUCUGAAUGGAAAAACACUCUUCAGGGUACCUGAUGCAGUCACUGAACUGAGCGAAACAGAGAAACUUGUGCUGGAUAAAAAUAACCUGAUUGAAUUACCAGCAAGUAUCAGCAGGCUGAAGAAUCUUAUUGUGCUCAAAUUGGAUGACAACAAAAUCACUGAACUACCUGCUGAGAUCGGUGACCUGAGGGAGCUGAGGGUGCUGCAGGUGAGUGGCAACCAGUUGGUUGGUUUACCUACCAGUGUACAGAGGCUGACCAAGCUUGAAAGGCUGUACUUGGUUGGAAAUAAUCUAACUAAACUACCUGCUGAGAUUGGUGACCUCAGGGAGCUGAGGGUGCUGGGGGUGAGUUACAACCAGUUGGUUCGUUUACCUACCAGUGUACAGAGGCUGACCAAGGUUGAAGAACUGUACUUGGAUGGAAAUAAACUAACUGAACUAACUGCUGAGGCUGGUGACCUCAGGGAGCUGAGGCAGCUGUGGGUGAGUUACAACCAGUUGGUUGGUUUACCUACUAGUAUACAGAGGCUGACCAAGCUUGAAGAGCUGUAUUUGAGUGGAAAUAAACUAACUGAACUACCUGCUGAGAUUGGUAACCUCAAGGAGCUGAGGGUGCUGAGGGUGAGUUACAACCAGUUGGUUGGUUUACCUACCAGUAUACAGAGGCUGACCAAGCUUGAAGAGCUGUACUUGAGUAGAAAUAAACUAACUGAACUACCUGCUGAGAUU